AUGCUGCGAACGACGACAGACGACGACUGCAACGACUACUCGAACAAAGAUGGAGACGAAGAGCGAGCUGUGAACGCGUCCUCUCUUUCGCGACAUUUGCUUCGUUUGCGCCAAUCGUUUGGCGACGAAUGGCAACAGAUCUGCGAAACGCUUCUGUCGUGCGAACAGUUGUUGACAGUUAUGUCGAGAGACAGACCUCUCAAUGACGACAACCGCACGACAGCUGUAGACACCACCGACGACCACAACAGACAACAGUUGCGACAAAUUAUACGCCAAAUCGAGCCCAAGAAGUACUCCAAGAGUUGCCGCGCGAGUGGCCGUCGCCGCCGCUCCUCUUACCACAGACUCAAAGCGUUGACACAACUCCUCAUGACUUCCAACCUGAAGCGCUCGACGUCUCUCCAGUCGGUGCCUGUCGUGCAGUCGUCGCCCGACGUGAUGGACGACACGACUGCGACGCUUCCGCGACUCCGACGCCGUCCGCGAAUCACACGAUUCUACCACUCGUUGGACGUCUCGGACGACAACAACGAGAGCGACGACAACCCGCAGCAGAAGCCCGACAGAAGCGGACUCUCUCUCGUGUUGUCGUCGUCGCCGUCGACACAACUAUUACCGACGACAGCCAUUCAGAAGCAGUUGAACCGACAUUCCUGUGACGUGACGAGUCUUCUGUUGUCGCCGACGUCGCAGUCGUCGCACACGGGAGACAACUCGACGACAAACUCGAGACAAAUACUGAAGUACUCGAAGAAACGACUCAGA